UCAUGUGCAUUAUUAAUAAUUGAGUUUGUUUUCUAUCAGUAAAAUUCCUAUCAGUAAGCCCAAUCAAAAUAUUUAAAUAUCUACAGCUUACUGUCGAUAUUGUCCAUUAAAAACGAAAUGUAUCACUGACGCAACCUAAAAUGCGGACCGUUUUUCCUUCCGACAAUCGGAUGGCAAAUACUCAUCGAAUAGCCAGCAAAAUCGGAACAUGAACGGAUACAAAAACGGAGACGGAUCGGGCAGGUAGCGGAAAGAUGUGAACUACUGCGUUGAAGCUGCAAGCCACUCGUGCUUGCGAAACGUCAGGAAGAAAUUCUACCGUACGACGGCCUAAAAACCCAUUAGUUUUAAGGAAUGGCCUCGAAAGUCUAUCCCUUGCCCGGUUUAUUUCAGUUGGAGGAUGGUUUGAUGAGCGAAGAGGGCGCAGCAGUAGAACUGCAGCUAAGCAAUGGGGAAAGGCAGUGUUUCUUCACAGACUUCCAGAGUUUCAAGGAGGAUUCGGUUCCGUUUGAGGAAGAGCAUCAGGAAAGCGAAACCACCUCAAAUUCCGCCGUGUGGAACAUGAUCCAGGCCCACCAGGCGCCUCACUUUUCCACCAGCCCACCCCAGUACGACAUCUACAGCAUAAAGCCAGCCCACUAUUUGAAACGCCCGCAUGUUCCCUGGCGGGAAGUGGAGGAAUCGCGCCGAAAAUGCGAGCAAUGGCUGGGUGGAUGCCAUGCAGAAUAAAAAUUUUUAAUUCUGCUUCUGUCUCUUUAGAGCUUUAGAGAAUUCA